AUGCUACUGUGUAGCUGUUUAAGGCGGUUUGCGGUAACGGCACGCCGCUACUAUCGCAUAUACCCUGGGCGUAAACGCGUACAGGUCGAGACUAAAAUCAAAAGUCCCAAACGCUAUGAUGAACUGCGUGGCGGUAGUCCGAAGGCAUUACUUCAGGGGAAUCUUUUCACCCCUGAGUCUGCCGGUCCACGUGAACUGGCGAUGCUAUGUUUUCGUAUAGUCAGCAUGGGCUAUGCUGAUGCAGGUGUACUUUUACGAUAUGCUACCUGUACAUUAAAUGGGCUUUCUCGGUUGAAAAUCAAGCACAUAGCACUAAUUUUGCAGGCGAUAUCAAAGUUCUUAGCAACUAAUCCCAGUGUAGUCAGCAAAUCAGGUGAAACGGAGCUCGCCUCUUUCCAGGAGGAAAUUGCCAAUAGGGAGAAGUUACUGAUCAAGGUGAAGGAAAUUGCAGAAGCAGUGGAACCACAGAUGUUUAAACUUUUUGCACGGGCUGUGCCCAAGGAUCUUGGCAUGAUUGCACUCUCAAUGGUUACUGUCUGUGAAUGUGCUUACCAUGAGUUGGACGCUGAACAACACUCAGCACUGUUGUCAAUCACUGAACGUACUCUAAAGCUGAUCGCUGAAGCCAUGGGGCCAAAGUUACUCUUUUGCGAAGCGCCGGAAUAUGCUGCUCUGGCUAAGGCUUUCUGUAAACUCCCUCCAAAACACGAAUUUGUGGAACUGUUUUUACGCGAUCUUGCUGAAGAGGUUUCUAGCUUAUUAUCAGAAAAACAUGAACAGUUGGAAGAAAUUGCCCAGGGCAACCAUAUCGGCGACGACUUGCUUGAAUCACUGCUAUUGUUGCCAAGGGAGCUGACCACCAUAGCAUGUGCUUUGUCUCGACGUGUUCAUCAUCAUCGUAUUUGGGAACGUAUGGCACAGUGUCUUGAACAUUUGCUACAAUUUGACACUAGUGACGAUGUGUCAAAUGCAGGACUAGACGGUCAGACAUUAAUUCUGCUUGCUACCUCUUUGAAUCGCCAUGUUGAUGUCGGUUUCCUGUUGGAAGCAAUGGUUUCGAGGCCAUAUGACCCGCGUAAAACAAAUUGGCUGAUAACUGGUAUAUUUAUAGCGCUGCGUACUCUGGACGAUGUUGAUUUGGCACAGCGUAUGUGGGACGCAAUAAAUUUCGAUCUUGUACACGCUCUUGACGAUAUAGCCAAAACGCAGCUUGUACAUGUGUUUAUUCGGAUACCUUCUGUGACCAAUAACCAAAAAGAUACCAUUAGGUCGUUGGUCCAGGACGAUGCAAGCCCCGAAUUGCUUGUAGCGCUAUAUGCUGCAGGGCACCGCUGCGGUAUAGAAGCACCAGAAACGCUGUUGAAUCCUAUAAUGGACCAUGUUUCACAACUAAGCGUGAACAGUCUGAUAUACCUGUUACGCAGUGUUAGAAGUGACCAUAUUGCAUCCCCUGAUGCCACGGCAUCUCAAGUGCAGAGUGGUAUGAAGGACCGGCUGCUCAAGGUGUUGAGUGAUAAGAUUGACGACAUUCACAUUGACAAACUAUACCCGCUGUUGAUUUACAUGAUAGACAACCACGGAGGCCACACGGCAAUCAUUGAAAAAAUGGUAUCCCGUGUGGCGAACGCCUCCGCUCCGUAUGAAGACCACCAUAUGGCACUAUUGAUGGAAAAGUUACGAGACAUCGGCAUCAGGCCCGACCACAUCUUCGAGGAAUCGCUAGUGCAACGGCUGGUAGGGUCUGACGCCGCCGCAGAGCAACACCUGAUAGACCGUUUUGUAGAGGUAUCCGAUGCAGAUGAUGGAACUAACGUGAUCAAAUUCUGUGAUAUGGACGAGACGGAAGUGGCUAAAUUGGCCAAAGCCAACGAAGGGCCGGCACCAAAUUUAGGACGGGGCAAUGUGUUUUGGUAA